GCCCCGCCCCUCACCCCCCAGUCAAGAGUGUGGAUUCUGUUGGCCUUUGCGUUCUGUUUGGCGCCGGGGCGGUUCUAGCUUUCCCCGGCCGAGCUGUUGCUGCUGAGCUCUUGAAUUUCCCUCCGUUGUACGAUGUGGAGUCGGCGGCAAAGCCGUCUAAAGACUCUGGCGUGCGGGGUGGAGGAGCUGCGGUGCCGCCGGCGGGAGCGGGAGGCAGCCCUGCGGAAGGCGCGGAGGGAGCAGCAGUUGGUCAGCAAGAGGCUGCUGAGGGAAGAUGCUCCGGAAGAAGCCGGAGGUCAGAGUGCACCCGUGCUCCUUGGGGAAGCCGAGGUACAGCAGAUCCUUCGGCUAGCCCAACGGGGAACAGAUGAGAAGGAGAGGGAGAAGGCUCUGGUCAGCCUUCGUCGAGGCUUGCAGCACCCUGAAACACAGCAAACCUUUAUCAGGCUGGAGGGCAGCGUGCGGACCCUUGUCGGGCUCCUGACCAGCAACCGGGCCCUGUUGCAGCUUGAGGCGGCUCGGUGCCUUCAUGAGCUCUCUCAUUCUGAGCAGUCUGCAGUGGCCCAGGCCUGCCUGCCAGCCACUUCCUACCUCCUCACCUACCUCUCUGGUCACAGCCCAGACUUCAUAGAGCUGUGUCUGUAUACACUGGGGAACCUCAUUGUGGAGAGUGAGGCUGUGAGAAAGCAGCUCCUGGCACAGGGCGUUGUUCCGGCCUUGGCUGCCUGCAUCCAGUCCCCCCAUGUGGCUGUGCUGGAAGCCCUUGGAUAUGCCUUGUCCCAGCUUCUGCAGGCUAAGGAAGCUCCAGAGAUCAUUCCCCAUUGGUGUCCCUAUGGUUCCUGCUCACCGCCUGCUUCUGCUGGCAGCUCUCUUCUGGACUCCAGUCUUCCCCAGCACAUGCUACGACUCAUGCAACCAGGCCCGAAGCUGAACCUUGGGGUUGCUGUGGAGUUUACCUGGUGCCUUCACUACAUCAUUUGCAGCCAGGUCAACAAUGCUGUGCUUCUCACCCUUGGGGCUCUGCCCACAUUGGCCACGCUGCUGCUGGACUUGGCUGGGGCUGUCCAGAGAGCAGAUGAUGAGGGCCUAGAGCUACUUGCAUGCCCCGUGCUUCGGUGCCUGAGCAACCUGCUAACAGAAGUACCAGUGGAGGCCAUGGGUGAGCAAAUGGAGCUCAGAGACGAGCGGGUUGUGGCAGCCUUAUUUAUCCUCCUCCAGUUCUUCCUUCAGAAACAGCCCACCUUGCUGCCUGAGGGCCUCUGGCUCCUCAACAACCUCACCGCAAAUAGUCCUACUUUUUGUACCUCCUUGCUUUCUCUGGAUCUGGUCGAGCCCCUCUUGCAGCUGUUGCCACUGUCAAAUGUGAUAAGUGUGCUGGUGCUUACAGUUCUGUGCAACGUUGUAGAAAAGGGUCCGGCUUACUGCCAGCGGUUGUGGCCAGGGCCCUUGCUCUCCUGUUUGCUCAAAACACUGGUUCUUUCUGACACUGAAGUAGUAGGCCAGAGUUUGGAGUUGCUGCAGCUGCUAUUCCUGUAUCAGCCGGAGGCUGCCCAGGCCUUCCUGCAGCAAUCAGGGCUGCAGGCCCUAGAAAGGCAUCAGGAGGAAGCCCAGCUUCAGGAUAGGAUACUUGCUCUCCAGCAGACAGCUAUCCGUGGAUGACCUGGCUGCUUAAUGUCACCCCCUAGGCCCUGUGGUCUAUUUAUCCCAGGAUCCCCUAUUGUGUUUCAGAAGCUAGUGGCUUUUUAUGUACCUGAGGGUGGUCCUGAACUUGAGAUUGUCUUGUUUCACUGUCUUAAGCAAGUUGGUUAAUGACAUGUGACACCACAGCUGGCAGCUGGUGGUUUUUGAUGAGAAAUAAAAUCAUAUAUUUAUGUAAAACUGCUUUGCCUUAGUGUUUGCACAAUAACGGGGAGAAGGGAAUAAGGAUGAGAACAUUCUGAAGCAGCACUGUACAUAGAUAAACUUUAUAAGGAA